AUGUUGCUAUGUUGUUAGUGUGUUCGUUAACGCCAUGAAGAGUAAUCUCUCAAGAGACAUGCAGGACUCACAAUUAAGAAUCGAUUUUGCUCGGAAGGCCAUCGAAUUGAAUCCAGAAAGUGUCUGUUGGCAUCAGACCCUCUACUCGGCUUUGUGCAGUCUUCGUCGUUCCGUGGAUUUCCGUCAGCAUCCUUCGCAAGAGGAAAUUGACUGUUGCGAAAAAGCUUUCGAGCUAUGGUCGAAUCAGCACGGACCAGAUAUUUCAAUCGGAAUUGCAGUAACGAUGGCCCGACUCUACAGUGAGUUAUUGUUCACGUUCACAGGCAAUCGGCAACAUCCAGAAAUAUCUGCAAAGGCUGUAAAAUUUGCACGUGAUGCUGUGCGACUGAGGCCUAAAUCAUUUACCUUGAAAAUCAGACUAGUUUCAUUAUUGACUUCUUAUCAUAUCUGCGGGAGCAGAGGAUAUUCAAAUGAAGACCGGGCUGAAGUCCAGAAACUUGUCAAAGAAUGUGAAGCUAAUGUUGGUCAGUGUACUUCGGAGAUUUGUCAUAAAAUCGGGAAAUAUUACAACUCUAUGCGAAAUGUCGACUUUAAUAGUGCCAAGGCAUUAGAAUGGUUUGAAAUAAGCCUAGACGUUCACAAGACCAAUUUUCCAUGUUUUGCUGACAUGCUAAGAAAUGAGGAAUUUCGACGAAAAUCGAGUGCCGCAAUCAUCGAUAAGAUUGACACUAUUUUAGACGCUCAUCCCAAGCAAUGUUUCCAAUGUCAACUCAUGUUUAUCAAAGGAUUUUUUCUGUGGACAGUUGAUAAAGAAGCAGCACUUCAUUUGUGGUUGAAUGCAGUGGAAGAAGCCACAGACUUGAAAGUUAAUUUCGUUUCGUUAGGUUUGCACAAUAUGUGUUACCUGAAAAACAGAAGUCGCGUUGAAGCCCUGCAAAUGAUGCGAAAUGUGGAAUUUUUUAUGAGCCGGAAUGAGCUCGCGAAUUCAGAUGAUCGAAGUUUUAUGGUGUUGAAGAAUAUUUUCAACUCUGUAAUCGAAGGCCUGAAGCCCCGUUGGAACUGAAAAUUGUCAUUUUUUACUGAGUAAACGUUGCAUAGACUGUAACAUAAUUAAAGUUUGUAUUAACUUUAGCCAUAUCUAGUUUAACAAACCGAUUAUUUUUGUUAAACCAAUUGAAAUAAGUCAAGACAUUAAGUAUUCUCAUUACUGAGCUACAUAUGUACUAACAAUUGAGAUCAGAUUUUUUAUCCCUAAUCAAUUUGUUUAAUUAAUUUGAACUAAAAGAAACGAAAUUCGCCAAAAUUUGCAACAAAAAUAUUUCGAAAAAUUAUGUUUAAGAUUUCACCUUUACAUAAACUCUAAUCAGGAGUUCUGAAACAAAUAUGUGUAAACUUGACCAGCAUUACAAC